AAAGUUUAUUAAAAUGUAAAAGAUGAAAUGUGAUAAUUGCUGGUUAGUGGUCGUUGAGAGCAUUGCUCGUUAGUUGUCGGCGGAGAAACGCCGCAGAAGAGAGAAAACGGGAGCGGCGAGAGCGAGGUUUGAGGCACAAUGAGCGGUGACGCCACGAACUGGGACGAAGAUGCAUACAGGGAAACCGUACUGAAGGAGAGGGAGAUUCAAACGCGAACCGUUUUCCGAACCGCUUGGGCCCCGCCCUACAGCACUAACCUCGAUACACUCCUUGUCGCCUCUAGCGACGGUUCCGUCGCAUCCUACUCCAUCGCCGCCUCUAAGCUAAAAAACCCGUUUGGUUUUGUCAACGCCGAUACAGAUACGUUAUUGGCAGAGCCAAAUUGCUUCGUUCAAGCGCAUGAUGGACCUGCGUAUGAUGUCAAGUUUUAUGGUGAUGGCGAAGAUGCUCUCAUGCUGAGCUGUGGUGACGAUGGUCGGAUUCGAGGAUGGAGAUGGAAGGAAUUUUCAAACUCAAGUUCUUUGGUUUUUUCCCAAGGAAAUGACAUCAAGCCUGUACUUGAUGUGGUGAAUCCUCAACACAAAGGUCCUUGGGGUGCCCUUUCACCUAUCCCUGAGAAUAAUGCUAUUGAUGUUAAUACUCAGGGGGGAUCUGUUUUUGCUGCAUCUGGUGAUUCUUGUGCAUAUUGUUGGGAUGUGGAAACUGGUAAAGUGAAAAUGGUAUUCAAGGGGCACACUGACUAUUUGCAUUGUAUAGUUGCACGCAACUCAUCCAAUCAGAUCGUAACAGGUUCAGAGGAUGGGACAGCACGAAUUUGGGAUUGCAAAAGUGGAAAGUGUACCCAAGUGAUUGAUCCAGCAAAAGAUUUGAAGUUAAAGGGAUCUGCUUCAUGGGUUGGCUGUGUUGCUCUAGAUGCAAGUGAGAGUUGGUUGGCUUGCAGUAGUGGACGAUAUAUAUCACUUUGGAACCUUCCUGCUUCAGAAUGUGUAUCAAAGAUUCCAACUCGUGCUUGUGUACAGGACAUGUUAUAUGACAAUAAUCAAAUUUUGACAGUUGGUACAGAUCCUCUACUCAACCGCUUUGACAUGAACGGCACGAUCCUAUCACAAAUACAAUGUGCUCCUUCAUCGUCUUUUUCUAUCUCCUUACAUCCUGCAGGGGUUAUGGCAGUUGGAGGUUAUGGAUGUCUUGUUGAUGUUAUCUCACAAUUUGGCAGCCACAUGUGCACAUUUCAUUGCCAAUGUGUCUUCAUGGCUGGAAUUGCACCUGAGGGGUCACAGUUCGAUACUCGUCAAUAUGAUUCCAAAAUGAAUGACUUACUUUCAUCUGAUGGGCAGGAUUUCUUCACUUCCUAUGAUGAGGUCUAUGAUAGUUUUGACGCUAUGGGUUUGCAGGAGAAUCUUCUCAGGGGCAUUUACGCAUAUGGUUUUGAAAAGCCAUCUGCCAUUCAGCAAAGGGGAAUAGUUCCCUUCGUCAAGGGACUUGAUGUUAUUCAGCAGGCUCAGUCUGGAACUGGGAAGACUGCUACUUUCUGCUCCGGUAUUCUGCAGCAACUUGACUAUGGCUUGACUCAAUGCCAAGCCUUGGUUUUAGCACCAACCCGUGAGCUGGCUCAGCAGAUUGAGAAGGUUAUGCGGGCACUUGGAGAUUAUCUCGGUGUGAAGGUUCACGCAUGUGUGGGAGGUACCAGUGUGCGUGAAGACCAACGCAUUCUAUCUAGUGGUGUUCAUGUUGUGGUUGGUACCCCUGGUCGUGUGUUUGACAUGCUGCGCAGGCAGUCACUUCAGCCAGAUUACAUCAAGAUGUUUGUAUUGGAUGAGGCUGAUGAAAUGCUUUCCCGGGGUUUCAAGGAUCAGAUCUACGAUAUAUUUCAGCUGCUGCCAUCUCAGAUUCAAGUGGGAGUUUUCUCUGCUACAAUGCCUCCCGAGGCCCUUGAGAUCACAAGGAAGUUUAUGAACAAGCCUGUGAGGAUCCUUGUGAAGCGUGAUGAGCUCACCUUGGAGGGUAUAAAGCAGUUUUAUGUCAAUGUUGAGAAAGAGGAAUGGAAGCUGGACACACUCUGUGAUCUUUAUGAGACCUUAGCUAUCACUCAGAGUGUCAUUUUUGUGAACACUAGAAGGAAAGUUGAUUGGUUGACUGACAAGAUGAGAAGCCGAGACCACACAGUCUCAGCAACCCAUGGAGACAUGGACCAGAAUACCAGGGACAUUAUUAUGCGUGAAUUCCGUUCUGGUUCUUCCCGUGUCUUGAUUACUACUGAUCUUUUGGCUCGUGGUAUUGAUGUCCAACAAGUGUCUCUAGUUAUAAAUUUUGAUCUCCCUACACAGCCUGAGAACUAUCUUCAUCGUAUUGGUCGUAGUGGGAGGUUUGGAAGGAAAGGUGUUGCUAUCAACUUUGUCACAAAGGAUGACGAGAAAAUGCUGUAUGACAUCCAGAAGUUUUAUAAUGUGUUAGUUGAGGAGCUUCCUUCAAAUGUGGCCGAGCUCCUCUGAUGAGAUUUUGUCCUCCAUCGUAUUAGAUGUAAUGCUUCUCUCUCCCAUCUGUUUCCCUGGUUGUACUUCUGCUCUUAAACUUUGUUUAAUAGGCUUAGUAAUUUAAUUUAAAUUGUGAGUUGUCUGAAUAUCUAACUGAUUAUUACUUUGCUAUGUCGAAUCUCAUUAAUGACCCAAUUGGUGUAUGUCUGUCGUUGCACAUUUCUAGCUGGCA